AUGUCUCCUUACGCUCCUGACACCUUUGCAGCUUCUGAAACGGUUCCCCGAGACCCCGUAAGGGGUGGGUGUGGAAGGGCUCCGAGCUUGAGGCUCGCACCCGCUCUGCGGAAGACGACAGCACUGACAACGGGCUCCGGGGGGGGGGGGCCGGGACUCCGGGGGGGCCCGGGUCUCCGGGGCCUUUGCUUUGCCGGGACCCUGCGCGUCCGGGAGCGGGCUGGGGGAUGCCCCAUCCUCUCCCGGUGUCCCAGGGCCCGGCAGAACGGCGGGAAGGUGAGGCACAAGCGGCAGGCCCUGCAAGACAUGGCUCGGCCACUGAAGCAGUGGCUUUACAAGCAUCGUGACAACCCGUACCCCACCAAGACGGAGAAGAUACUCUUGGCGCUUGGCUCGCAGAUGACGCUAGUGCAGGUGUCAAAUUGGUUUGCUAAUGCCAGACGUCGGCUUAAGAAUACCGUUCGACAGCCAGAUUUAAGCUGGGCCUUGAGGAUAAAGUUGUACAACAAGUAUGUUCAAGGAAACGCGGAGCGGCUCAGCGUGAGCAGUGAUGACUCAUGUUCCGAAGAUGGAGAAAAUCCUCCACGAAACCACAUGAAUGAAGGGGGCUAUAAUAAUCCCGUCCACCAUCCUGUGAUCAAAAGUGAGAGCUCAGUCAUAAAAGCUGGAGUGAGGCCAGAGUCACGGGCCAACGAGGACUACGUCUCCCCCCCAAAAUACAAGAGCAGCUUGUUGAACCGUUACCUUAACGACUCUUUGAGACAUGUUAUGGUCACAGACGCUGCCAUCGUGGGAAAGACGAGGCAAAGGAACCACUCGGGAUCUUUUAGUUCCAACGAAUUCGAGGAGGAGUUGGUGUCUCCCUCAUCGUCAGAGACUGAAGGCAACUUCGUCUAUCGCACGGACACUCUGGAAAAUGGAUCCAAUAAGGGUGACAGUGCAGCUAACAGAAGGGGGCCGAACAAGGAUGACACAUACUGGAGGGAGAUCAACGCAGCGAUGGCCCUAACAAAUCUCGCCCAGGGAAAGGACCAGCUGCAGGGGACCACCAGCUGCAUCAUCCAGAAGUCGUCCCACAUAGCAGAAGUAAAGACAGUCAAGGUGCCCUUGGCUCAGCAGUUCUAAGAGCCAGUCACUUUUCAGGUUGAAGGCUGUCCUUUGCCUCAGUGUUUUUCUCAUAAACCUCUCAUCCUAAGAGCCAGCACGGGAGUGAAAACGACUCCCUUUCAAAACUCUUCUCAUUUUUUAAUCAUCCUAAGUAUAUCAUUUAGUUGCUUCUAUAAAAGACACAUAAAUUAUAAAACCUCACCGUAGUCAAAAAUAUUAACUUAUUUUAUGUUACUCCCAAGUAUGCAUAAAAUGUCCGCAUUGCCAUUACAGUAAGUGCCUUGCUUUCCCGAAACUAAGCUACAACGUGGGCGUAGUGGAGCAGCUAUGCCUCAAAAUGACAACGCCACAAUGCUUAUUAGACUGUGUGUACCAUUCCAGAUGGACCUGCCCGUGCCAGGACUCAAACCAUCAUUGCUGAAAGCCCUUGAAAUGUGUUCACAUGUUAAAACUUGGAAAACUAUUCAGCCCAAAUGAAGUGUUCCUUUAAAGAGAGAAAAAAAAACUAAACCUUCUGCACUGUGUAAAACUUGUUCAGUGUGCUUUGCAGAGUGACAGUGAGAAUUUUAUGCAUGUAUCUUCCCCGCCUAUCUGGUAGGUUACAAACUUCCAAAAUGGAAGGUCCGGGGAUCACAUUGUACACCUUCAAGAAAAGUGGCAACGAAUGUGAUCAGGAAAAAAAAGUUUUUAAGCCCUGCUGGAAGGCACCACAAUGCCCUUUAGGAUUGAUCUGGAUUUUCUUUUUCUAAAUUUUUGCCAAAGUUCUGGAAAAAAAGUUUAUAAAUCUAAAUAAUUCUGCGUAAAACUAAAUCUAUAGUUUAGUUUUCAAACAUAAUCCUGUUUGCAUUAGAGGUCAGUGUUUUUCAUGUGGAAUGGCUAAAAACCUCUUAUUUGGUUCAUGUGAAAUUGCAAUUGCUGAUGGACAAUUUAUAUUGCAUUGAGAACAAGGCAAUAAAAGAAAUGUAUCUCUAUGUGAAUAUAUAUACACACAAAAUUGAUUUUUUAAAUUUAAAACAUAUGGAAAACAAAACAUUGAACAGUUCCUUGAUUUUGCCAAGUGGGACAUUAAGGUAAAAGUUAAGUGAAAUCAUGCAUUAAAAGAAAGAACAUUUUGUUUCUAAAUUAAACUAUCAUUGAAUGAGAAAUAAUCAAUAUCAAGAAAGAAGAUCUGUUUCAAUCAAACAUUAAUAUUCUAAUCAGCUUGGGGAGUCCUGAAAUUUGAAUAAACAGUAGGGAUGCCAAAUAUAACAGUAUUUGUGCUCAGAGAAGUAAAAGGGAUUUGACUCUUUCAUAGUGGGAUGCUUUUUCUGGGUAUGUAAUCUAUUCUGUAAUUUUUUUUUUUAAACUGGAAGGCAUUUUUGUGAGUGUGAAUGAGAGCCAACAGUGCAGCCAUGUGGUGACAUUUUUUGUUAUUUUGCAAAAUGCUUUUAAAACCAAACGCUGCUCUAGCUGAUAUAUGGACAUAUCAGUCUUGAUAUAAAUCGUAGGACACUUUUUCAUGUAACAUAGCAUUUGGGGGUUGGGUUUAUUUAGUGUAAUGAAAAUAAUUUGAUAUAAAAAUAUUUUGUAUAUAUAUAUUUUUACUUUGUUUUCUAAAUUGCUGUUUGCAGUAAGAGUAAGUGCAAAGCAAGAUAUGUUAAGUUAUGACUGUAUGAUCAGAUGAAGUAUGAGUUCUUUUGGUUUACAUCCUUAAAUAGUUACGGAUCCAUGAUAAAAACUUUGGAAUCUAUGUAAGGCAGUUUUGCCAAAAUGCGAUCAUGUCAAAGAAAACAAAGGACCAGUACUUCACUCUUUUUCAUACUACUAUAAGUUAUUCUGUUAUUAAAUAUUUUAAUAAAAUUGUGUUUGUUUUGACAUA